AAUUAUACUCUGUUGAAGUUUGUUAUUGAGGUAUUUAAUAUGAAGGUAACAAACCAUUGGACCAAUAAAUCGCUUGAUAUGUUCUUGAAGUUCCAGAUUAAUCUUUUACCAGAAGGUAAUUUAGUUCCCAAGAACACAUACGAGGCAAGGAAGUUAUUGUCUGGCUUAGGCUUGUCAUACGAGCUCAUCGAUGCCUGCAUAAAUGAUUGUAUACUCUUUAGGAAUGAAAAUGCAGCAUUGGAUAGAUGUCCAAAGUGCAAUGUGUAGAGGUACAAGAUCAAUUGUGCUAGGGGAAAGAAGAUUGCGCGUAAGAUUUUGCGUUACUUCCCUUUGACACCAAGAUUAAAACGGUUGUUCAUGUCUAGAGCGAUAGCCGAGGCCAUGAGAUGGCACAUGAAUAAUCCUACUGAUGGUGAGGAAUCCGGGCAUCCAGCCCACAGUGAUGAGUGGAAGGAGUUUGAUGUUAAGCAUCCUGAGUUUGCUUGUGAGGCUCGCAAUGUGAGACUAGGAAUAGCAACUGAUGGGUUCAACCCUUUCGGUAACAUGAGCAACUCUUAUAGCAUGUGGCCUGUCAUUCUUAUUCCAUACAACCUGCCACCAUGGUUGGUUAUGAAAGAUUCGUUCUUCAUGCUGACAUUGCUUAUUCCAGGGGAUAAACAACCCGGGAUCGAUAUCGAUGUUUAUUUGAGACCUUUGGUUGAUGAGUUGAAGGAGUUGUGGCACACUGGUACAUUAACUUAUGACGCAGCAAGUUGUGAAUGGUUCCAAAUGCGUGCAGCUUUUUGGUGGACAUUACAUGAUUGGCCAGCAUUGGGUGACAUCUCAGGGUGGAGAACAAAGGGCCAUUAUUCUUGUUAUACUUGCAACGAUGAACCAUAUUUUGAGUCAUUGAGAAGUAAGACUGCGUACACAAAUCAUCGAGCCUACUUGCCGGAAGAUCAUGCAGAACGGAGAAAAAGGCUGGCCUAUAAUGGUAAGCCCGAGAAUCGGAAGAGGUCCUUAGAGUUGCCGCUGGAAAAGAUACAAGAGCAAUUGAACAAUGUAAGGGGGGUCAUCUUCGGAAAGAAUCCAGCAAAUAAGAAAAGGAAACGUCACAAACCGAAUUGGACAAAGAGAAGUAUUUUGUAUGAACUAACGUAUGUGGAGGAUAGGAAACUUCUACACAACAUUGAUGUCAUGCAUUGUGAGAAAAAUUUUAGUGAAAAUAUUGUUGGAACAAUGUUGGGCAUUGAUGGAAAGAAUAAGGACACGGACAAGGCACGAAAGGAUUUGGAAGAUAAGGGCAUACGAAAAGAUCUGUGGUUGACACAACGUCCCGACGGAUCAUAUGUCAAACCUUGUGCGAGCUUUGCGCUAACCCCUAAUGAGAGGGAGGCUUUCUUUGAAUUCUUGAAAUCGGUCAAGUAUCCAGAUGGCUAUGCAGCAAACAUAUCAAGGUCCUUGAAUUCAACUAAUGGUAGACUAACUGGCCUAAAAAGUCAUGACUACCAUAUACUUAUACAACAGAUUCUUCCAAUUGGGAUGCGUGGUUUUGUGGAUAAGGAAAUUAGUACAACAUUAUUUGAGUUGGGUAGUUUCUUCCAAGACCUUUGUUCUAAGACAUUGAGACGUAGUGAAUUGGAGAAAUUAGAAGAACGUAUAGUGCUCAUACUAUGCAAGCUUGAAAAGAUCUUUCCUCCCGCCUUCUUUGACGUGAUGGUCCACUUAGCUGUUCACUUACCACGUGAAGCCAUACUUGGAGGACCAGUACAUUAUCGGUGGAUGUACCCAAUAGAAAGGUAAUUGUAACAAACAUAAUUAUUGAUUGAAAAGGGUCAUUGUUUUACAUGUUUAAUCUUACUCUUAACUGGUCUUGAAGGUUCCUUGGAACUCUGAAACAGUUUGUUUCUAAUCGAGCUCGACCAGAAGGUUCGAUUGCAGAGGCUUACAUUGUCAAGGAGUGCAUUACUUUUUGCUCGAUGUAUCUUGAUGAGGUUGAAACCGUGCAUAAUCGAACUCAACGAAAUGAAGACUUUGGCGAACGUCGUAUAGGGUACACAGUAUUCACAGAGACAGCUCGUCCUUUUGGGCUAGUCACAAGGAAUGGCGAGAUGUCACAAGAACUCCGUGAUGUAGCUCAUUGGUUCAUUUUGUUAAAUAGCCCUGAGAUAGAGGAGUAUCUAGAGUACGUAGUUGACUUUUUUUAGUGGCUUUGAUGACAAUGAUAGUAUUUCGGCAAUUAAUGACAUUCUUUUUUGAAUAGGGAACACAAAAAAUUGUUGCAUGUUCCAAAUGGACAAAACAUAACCAGUGUGCAACGAAAAGUCUUUCCCAAGUGGUUCAAAGAGAAGGUAAAUCGGUUGAGGGCUAACAAGUCAAUAGAGGCGACUGAUGAACUAUGGUCAUUAGCAAAUGGUCCCAAUUUGCUAGUGAAGGAGCACUACGGUUGCAUAACUAAUGGGUUAAGGUUCCGUACGAGAGAAGUAGAUGACCGCCGUAGGAGUCAAAAUAGUGGCGUGCUUGCUCAUGGAGACCACGAGGGGAAGAUGCACAAGUAUUAUGGUCACUUGGUCAAAGUUUGGGAAUUCGAGUACAUGUGUGAGAAUACAGUCCUUUUGUUUCAAUGUGAGUGGUACAACACCGGCAACACAGGUCGAAAUGGCACUAUACGAACUGAUCAAUACUGCACAAGUAUUAAUGUCAAGAGUCGGUGGUGU